AUGGAUUUUAAAUACUCUCAGGAGAUUAAUUCUGGGUUUUACGAAACCUUUGGGCUCGAUGAGGGUAUUCCUCUUCGCAUACACAAAGAUCGUCACCUCGAAGUUAGGGGGGCGCUCCGGGCCCAACGAGACUGGACGAAACACGUGCGCAAUGUGGAUGACUACAAGGGAGGACUAGGAGAUCCUUUCACCUUUAUCUGCGUGACCGUUCCCGAGUGUCUUCCUGAAAGGCUAGAACUUGUUUCCUACGCAAACGAAUUUGCCUUCCUCUAUGAUGAUAAAAUGGAAAGUUUUGACUUAAAGAAAGAUUUCGAAAAAGAGACCACUAAAAUGCUAGACGCGUUUGGAGAUGGCGCUCUUGAUCGGAGGGUCAACACCAAAUCCGGUCCAGAGAAACGUCUACAAGCGCAGAUGCUAUCGGAGAUGAUGGCUGUCGACCAGGUACGAGCUAUGACAUCGAUGAAGGCAUGGGCAAAGUUUGUGCAACUGGCAUCACGCACGAGGUCAUUGCCAUUUGAAACACUUGAAGAAUAUGUCCCCUCACGAGUCAUCGACGCUGGUGAGCUCAUUUGGUUCGGCACCCUAACAUUUGGAAUGGCGCUCACAAUCCCCGAUGACGAGUAUGAAAUGUGUAUGGAAAUGGCGCGACCAGGCUAUGCCGCUCUAGGCCUGACAAAUGACCUGUUCUCAUGGGAAAAGGAGAGACACGAUUCCGUGGAAGCAGGUCUAGACUACGUGUUCAACGCCAUAUGGGUUAUAAUGAAGGAAAGAUCAGCCACGGAGGCGGAAGCAAAGAGAAUAUGCCGCUCUGAGAUCAAGAAGCACGUCUUGACAUUCAAAAAGAUCGUAGAGGAAACGAGACACAACGCCUGCCUUUCCCAAGAUCUUAGGACAUACCUUGAGGCUGUGUUGUAUUCGAUUUCUGGAAACCUUGUUUGGAGUAUAUACUGCCCCCGGUAUCGGGAGUUCUGAGCCCACGUCAAGGGACAAUCCUUGUCUCAGGUUCUUCUAGGGGCCAGUUUAGGUCAGUACAUAAUAUACUUGAUGGCAUUAGUAACCAGAAUCAGCUGUUCCUCAUUGAAGCGACAGCAUCAAUUGGGCUUGAACUACGAAGUUCGUGGCGGGCAUAGACAGCUGUGUAACGACGCCAUCUAGGGCAAUGAUCGAACCCGAAUCCAUGGACUUGGAGCUGCUGGGCGCAUGGAGUGUGCACAUCCAUUAGGUAGUGUCUAAGACACAUCCGUAUUGCUGUACCCUAGCCGAGACUAAUAUUAUGUGAC